UUAAUAAAAUGGCGUCGUGUUGCAAGGCAGUAUUGUCUCACCUUGAAAAAAGUGGGGAUUCAUUUGAUUGCUUGUACUCUCAAGUCCUGCAAAAUCACAUAAUAAUUAGUCAAAAUGGCUCACAAACAGAGGAAACUGAAAGAAUAGUAAUUCCAAUUGAUGUCAGACAUCACCACUCAUUUGAAUCGCUGACAAAAAUGAUAGAAAAUGCAUCACUGGAGCUAAAGCAAGACUUGAAAAAGGUAACAUUAGGGCUUGUUGGUGAAGACAACCAUACUGUUGUAUUUUAUGAUAUUUACAAAGGAAUGGUCUCUCCUAAUGAUAGCCCACUGUCUUUAAAACGUCAGAAAAAUGAGUAACAGUAUUAAAUAUAUAUGUACAUCUACUCUCUCCCAUUUGUAUGAACGUUGCUACUUUUGACCCUUUUCUUUACUGAAUAAAAAUGUAAUCUAUUUAAUAUUGUUGAUAAUUUUUAUAUAUAAUCUCUAAGCUCUUUUGCUUCACAUCA